CUCCAAGCUACUUUUUACCAUUGAUUUGUCUCUCGAGAUACUUAGAAUUCGUGUGACAGAAUGGAAUUCAAGCGAUCUUACCCUAAAGACUACAUUUGCUAAUGUUUUCUUUUUGCUUUAAGUGGUCUUUCGAUACGUCUACGCAUUAGAGUUACACCAAUUCAAGGAUUUCUUGAAGAAAAUCUAUCACGAUUUGCGCAAUUACGCUUUGCAUUUUCAAGACAUUGCGAAACAACUGAUUAUGGCUUGAGAGUUGUCGCGUCUGCAAGAGAGAAUUUGCUUCACCAGCAACUCCACCUUUCAUUGUGCCGAAACUGAGCCCAUGAUCCCGAUCCAGCGAAUCAGAUUCUUGCUCAUGCUUACAACCUUGUAUUGCCAAGAAGUCUGCCCUAUUGGCUCGCUUGCAGUCGAUGCUAAUGGAUUAGCUCCCUUUGGCAUGCUUUGCGAUCUCCAAAGGGACCGAAAGAAGCGAGAACGGUACUCAGGAAGGAAAGCAUGGUUCGAUGGUGUGGAAAAAUUUGUCUUCUAUGCAGGUAAGAUGUUGGCAAUCUCGGCAAAACCCUGUAUGGCGGUUUUCGCUAUGAAGCUAAACUGUAAUCGCGUCUGACUUGGUGGAGAAUGAACAUGGGUGAAGUCUUGGGAGUAAGCACAGCUGGGAUGGCG